AUGGGAGUGGGAGUGUUACGCAACCUACAGCAGAUCUUCGAGCUGCAGUCGUCCCUCCUGGCGGAGGAUGUCGGGGAGAUCGACGAGGCACUGCUACGAGAGUGCGCGGCGUGGUUUUGUCCCCAGCACCUGCAGGACAUCGUCAUCGAGAGGAGCGAGGCUGAGGGGAGGUGCGGUUGGCCCGGCUGCAGCAAAAAGCUUCCCUCCUGGCGCCUGGCCGCGCCGCUAGUAUUCGACCUGCCCGAGGGAGAGCAGCUAGGGAGGUUUUGCGAGCGAGCGUGCAUGGCGAAGACGAAGGUAUUCAUGUCCGCCAUUCCACCGACGCCUCCGUACACGAGGGAAAACCUCGUCCGUCUCGCCUGCCCUCCACCGGCCCCUUCCUCCGCGGAAGGAUCCACCAGCGUUAACGGCGACGGGCAUGGCGCCGCAGGAGCCGGUGCCAAGAAGGUCUACAAGCGGGCCCGGCGAAGAGACCUCCCUCCUCCCAAGGAGCGCCUACCUGCUGCUGCUGCUGCUGCUGCUGCUGCUGCAGGUAGUGUUGUUGCCGAUAACGCCGGCGAGGGUGCCGGUGUCGACCGUCAGGAGGGAGGAUCGGAGAAGGGCGCAGGUGAAGAAGCGCCGGCCCUUGCCGUUCCGGAGAAGCAAGCUGCCGCUGGAGAGGCCGUCGCCUCUUCCCCGGCGGCGGUUUCUGACAAAGGAGACGAGGAGCGCGUGGGAACGCCAGCAGAGGCAAGCGACAUCGCCUCUGGCAGCAGUGGUCGUGGAGAGGGCGUGGCAACAGUGACGGCGGUGCUCGGAGAGGGCGCCGGUGCCGAUGCAAGCGGCGAGGACGCUACGGCGUCCAUCCGAGCCGCACUGGAAAGCGUGUCAAUUUAUGCCGAGGAGGAGGAUGCUUGUAGUGCGGCGGCAACUUCUGCUCCUGUGGAUGCUGCUGCUGCUGCUGCUGCUGCUGCGUCGCCAGCACCACCUGCGUCGGACGUUGCGAAUGUUCGAGAAGUGGCAAGCACAACGGCGGUAAAGGCACCGGCGCCGGCACCCACACCAUCAAGGACCGCGUGGGAGAGCGUAAGGUUCAGUCGACCAAGCGGCAGCAGCAGCGGCGGCGGCGGUCGUUGCUCGGCUUCGGUUGUGUCGCGACACGCCUCCUUGGCCGCCGCGGUAGCCGAAACCGCCACAAUGGACGCGGACAAUUAUUCCCCCUCAGGAGGAACUGUUCCCGACGCGAGAUCCGGAGGAGUCAAGUCAUUCUCAUCCUCCUCCUCCUCCGCCACCAACACCCCUGACGAGAGCGCGCAGCCGCCGCCGGCGGAUUCAUCCCGGUCGCCGUCGCCGACCCGGCGCAGGCGUGUUUCCUUCGCCGAAGGCACCAAAGAGAGCCCCCAACCGAACGCGUCUUCGCCCCCGGUGCCUUCCGCCCGCGGGAGGGCCGCCGCUGCGAAGCAGGCGAGGGCGGCGGCGGCGGUGGCGGCAGGCGCCGGGCCGGGUAGGCGAGGAGGGCGCGGACGCGGCUCGGGUAAAGCUUCAUCUGGCAGAGACCGAGGCGGAAAGUCGGCGGCGGCGGCGGCGGCGGCGGCGGCGGCGAGGAAGAGCGUGCUGGGAGGGGUCGUCGAGCGCGCCCCCUCGGUGCCCGCUCCGAUGGAGGUGAGGGUGGGCGGCCGCGCACGGGGCGGCGCGGGGGCGGUGGAGGGACACCUCCCGAAGAUCGAGGCGGACCUGUCCUUUCGCGUUAUGCCUCGCGGGGGCUAUCCCGGGGUCGGCGGCGGCGGUGGUUUGGGUUUCGCGGCCGGCGGGCAGGCUGGAGUGGAGGAGGCGAAAGAUGCCCGAGAGUUCGGGCUUGGCGUGGAUGGAGGACCCUUGACGGCGGAUGAGUUUGAGGACGAGAAGGAGAUGGAAGAAGUCGAAGAAGAAGAUGGGGCAGAGGGCGAGGAGCACAGUGAAGACGACGCGGACGAGAACGAUAGGGCCAUCUGGCGCGAGACCUUCGGAGAAGAGAUGCCUGCCGAGGUGUCGUCGGGGUCAUGGAUAGAUAUGGACGCCGUCCGAGACAAAGAAAUGCGGGAGGAAUUCGCGUCGUCCAUUGCCCCGUUCGCCCUGCUGUGGAGCGCCUUGUCGGAGUGGGUAUCCCCAGAGACGCGCGCUGUGUGCCGAGCCGGUCGAGCAGCAGCAGCAGCAGCAGCAGCGACGGCGUCGGCUGUUGCGUCGCCGCUCUCGUCUGCGGGCAAGGCCAAAACAAGUGGCGUCAAUGGUCGUUCGUCGUCAGAAAUCGGGGACGUUGCCGCUGAACCGGCGAGUUCUCCGGCGAUUACGGCGGCAUCGUGUUGCGACGUUUCGGAGCAGAGCCCACGCAUCGACAGCAGUCACAGUAGCAGCGCAUCGCCCGGUCACUUCGGGUCGGUACCCGCCGACUUUCUAGCUAGAAAGGCGGGCGCGGUAGCGGAAGCAAUAGAGGCGGAGAUGAGUCGGCACGCCAAGCGUAACAGAGACCGACGGAAAGCUAACCCUAACGACAGCCCCAUGAAGGGAACGGGCGACAGCAGUGCUAGAGGCGGCGGCACCACCGUUGGCGAGGGUCCGACUCUAACGGGUGCCUUGCGCCACACCGGAGUGAGCACCAUGGUCAACAUGCACCUGGCGCUGGCGGAGCGGGCGCUGAUAGCGGCCGCCACAACCUUACAUGUUCGUGGCGGCGGGGGCGGCGGUGGUGAUGGCGACGGUUGCUCCGGGAUCCUUCAGACGAGCGGGCAACACAACAACAUGAGAUCCAGGAAAAAGUGGGUUUGGUCAGACACGGCCGCCGGGGCGAGGCAAGGGGCAAGGGUGCCAGGGGGCUGGGUAGAGAAGGAGGGGCCGACGGCAGCGGCUGCGGCGGCGGCGGCGGAAGCGGUAUCGCUCAAAGCACCGCCGGCCGGCGGUGGCGGCAAGGCGAAGGAAGGGACUACCGGCGAUGAUGUACCAGCCGUGGCGACGGCAUCAGGUACAGGGACAACCGUAAGCGGAAAACACGCCGACGCCGAGACCAAUCAACGCGAGUCGCCGGCAAUAUCAGUUGCAGGCCGACAGACCGGGAAGGCUCCAGCGGCGGAGCCAGCGGCGGCGGCGGCGGCAGGAGAGCACGUCGCCGGCGGGGGGGCGGAGUGUCGGCGAGCCGUGUCCGCGGUGAUCGACACCCUCAACGUUGCCGCCGGGAGCGCGAGCUCCGCCACGGCGGCUGACCUGUCCAUCGCCCAGUGGAAGGUGGUGUCCGUCGUGCUCCUGACGGCGGUGGGCCUCGGCACCGGAGCAAUCGGCGGCGGCGGUGGCGGCGACGGUGAAGGAGGAGCGGCGGCGCCCCGGGUGACCGGCGAAGAGGCGGAGGUCGCGGCGGAGGCGUGCUCGAGGUUGUGCGGGGAGGAGAUGGGCGUGUCGGCGAGAGAGUUCCGGAUUCUCGUUGACGUGAUGCUCGAAGAGUAACCUUCUUUGCGCGGGGGGGGCGGGGGCGGGGGCGGGGGCGGCGAUGGCAAUAAAUGUCCCGAUUUUUGUCGGUCAUUCGUCUGGUGUAGGUGUCCUGGCGUGGCGAACUUUGCUAAUGAUUUUCUUCAAUGUCUUGGAAGGCAGGGUGUGGCGAAUGUCGUGCUGUGGGUGUCCCCAGGCGCUGGUUGCUCAGUGACCUCGGGUGUGUAUGGAAACCGAUUGGGUCUUCCGGUUGCAUGGGAUACGGUUUCACUACUGUCUCGUUUUGUAGAUACCACCUGCAAAGCCAGAUGGAAACAGACACGGAUGGGUAUUCGAUGAACUUGCGCGCACGUGUUUAGGUGCAACCACGGUGCGCGCGCACAAAGCCUUGCUGCACCGUAUUCUGCGGUGUCAACCGCUGUGAACAGUUAUAAUGACCCGGGGAUAGCGUCGGGUUCAACUCA